CGUGGAAUUCAACAAGCAGCGUCGUUGGGUGUGGCGGCGAGUGUUUGAUUGUUGUCGCGAGUGUGUACGCGACGCGGUGUGUCGAAUAUUAUCUGAAAAGUGCGCUGGAGGAAGUCUGUUUUUUUCUUUUUCUUUUUUUUCUUUAUUUUUCUCUGACGAGAGAAAAGCGUCGCGAAAUAAAUUCCGGCGCACCUUCAUUAGUGUCUUUUACGUGCACAAAAGUGGAAAACUAAUGGAGGGAGAAAAUAUUUCGAUGUAAGAGAGGGAUCCGCGUUGUGUAUGCUCUCUCUCAGGUUCUCGCAGAGUGAGUCUCUCGACGGAGUCUGGAAUUCGCUGGAGUGUGCCAUUGUUCCGAGAAAUUUUGGACUUGAAUUCUCGAGAGAUUUAUGAGAGAAAAUUGUGCAUAAAACACAGUGGCAGAAUUGACUUUGCGGUUCGACGACGUGUUCUUUGAUGUGACGUGACGUGAAAAGAGUAUCUCUUCAAGGCUGAAAGAAUGACGGUAUCCGAAGAGAUGGCAACGGAACUGGCGAACAAGAAAGCAGAGCGAGAGGCUCUCAGGGGGGUCAUACAACAGUGGAAUGCCAAUCGUUUGGACCUGUUCGAACUUUCGGAACCUAAUGAGGAUUUGGAGUUUCAUGGUGUAAUGAGAUUCUACUUCCAAGACAGCGGCCAGAAGGUCGCUACUAAGUGCAUCAGAGUUGCCUCGGAUGCGACCAGCCAGGCAGUGAUAGAAACGCUUAUAGAAAAAUUUCGUCCCGAUAUGAGAAUGUUAUCCGUCCCUGAAUACGCUCUUUACGAGAUUCACGAGAAUGGAGAAGAACGUAAGCUUGGGUUGGAAGAAAAGCCGUUGUUAGUUCAACUAAAUUGGCACAUAGAUGAUCGUGAGGGACGCUUUUUGCUGAAAAGAAUUGACGACAAGACUAAUGCGCAGGGCGUCGGUUUUACUUCAGCCGAGGGUUCUAGUUUUCGAAGGAAACUGAGCAAACGGGAGAAAAAGCAGAUCAAGAAGCAAGAGAAGCUCAGUCGGCUGAAGAGCUUGGAGCAAGACGAAAACACUGUGCCUGGCGAUCAGAACGGCGUCGCCGAAAAACUUUAUACGGAACUGCCCGAGACUAGUUUCACAAGGAGCAUUUCGAAUCCGGAAGCGGUGAUGAGACGCCGUCGCCAACAAAAGCUUGAGAGAAAACUUCAGCAAUUUCGCAGCAAGGACGGCGGACCCGACACUGGCGGUACAUUGAAAAUUUAUGGCGAGGCGUUGUGCAAGGACGUGCCAUACAAAACAUUGCUGUUGAGCGUUCGGGACUCCGCCGCUCAAGUCGUGCGAGAAAUGUUGGCAAAAUACGGCUUAGAAAAAGUGGACCCACAGUUAUAUUGCCUUGUUCAGGUUAAUAGUGAAAAUGUGAGUGGCAAUGCGCAUCAGGAGUACAUAUUGGACGACGAUGAGUGUCCUCUGGCGAUAUUAAUGAAUCAUCCUUCCACACGAGGGUCCAUUAUGUUUCAUGUGAGGAGGAGGCCUGCGGAUUACAUGCCACGGAAACGUAAAAAGAAACCCGCCGGGAAAUGGAACGAGUUGGAUCACAGGUACGAGGACGAGAGGUUGCCGUUCCUGCUGGAGCUUAAUCCCGAUGGUAGCGAUAUCCCGAACGGCGCCGGAGUGCGACAUCGGUUGCAGCCAAAUGUCACAGAAGUAGGAUCGGAGAGACCAAUUGGGCCACAAGCGGUGCAGGCGCAGACGUUGACGUUGCCAGGACCGACGGUGAUGCCUAGGCAUUGCGUGAUAGCCUUCACCGAAAACAUCGUCACCCUUACGCCGUGCUCCAGAGACGCGCAUACAUACGUCAAUAAUCAGAGGAUACAUCAGACUACCAUACUGCAGAAUGGAGCUAUUAUCAAAUUUGGCAGAAUGCAUACUUUUCGAUUCAUCGAUCCAGCGCCAGAGGAUCGCAUUAGGCAGAGACAUGAUUCCAACAAGCAGAUUGACUAUGCCUAUGAUCGACGCUCGCCAGACGCAACCAGUCAGGAUGUCAGCUCGGAAAAGUUUCACCCGGGAUCCGGGACACUGAACGGCGGCGGCGGUCAAACUCCGGGCCAGAUCCAAGAGAGUGCGACCCCAUCAAAGUCCGCUGUCGCAGCACGUAGUCCUCGUAGUCCCACGCACCCGCCAGAGCCUACGCACAAUUACGAGACCACGUUCGAUCUAGAUGGAAAUGUGGAGACCGCCAGUCUUAGCAGCAGCAGAGAUGGCAACAGACUUUCACAGUACGAUCGGCAGCCACGAGGCACGGAUCCGAUCUUGCCGGCUGUUUUGGAAUUCCUUGAAGAGACAGAGGAGACGUUCCUUCACGCUGUCAUUACCGACGUGGAGCCCUCGGCGCCGCAAUUUAAAUUGGCACCCACUUACACCCUUUACUUAAGCGCGAGGUAUCGCGCCAGCACACACUAUAGACCGGAACUGCAACCUACGGAGAGAGCCCAUCGACUCACCGUCAUGCUGGCAAACGUCGCUACGAUGAUUCAACGUGUUAUUCAGGAACGUUACAUGGACGCCUCAUCUUUGGCCUUUUGGCUGGCAAACGGCUCGGAGCUGUUACAUAUGUUGAAAAGCGAUCGACAUGUGGGCGCAUUUUCUACGCGGGCGCAGGACAUCUUGGCGGACGCAGUGCACACGGCUUUCGGUUCAUUGGUGCGUUGCGUUACGCUAGAGCUAACGCCGGCGAUGACGCAGUUCAUGGCGGACGCGGACGAACCGGCGAAAGAGGCCGGGGUGUUACAGAUCUUCUCGAAUACGAUGGCAUUACUGCGACGAUGUCGCGUGAACGCCGCGUUGACGAUACAAUUGUUCAGCCAUUUGUUUCAUGCGAUCAACGCUACGGCUUUUAACACUCUCGUCUCUAAUGGGAAUCUAUGUGUUAGAUGGUUCGGACGCAGGCUCAAAGCCAGGCUGAACGCUUUAGAGACUUGGGCCGAGAGACAGGGGCUGGAACUUGCCAGUCAGUGCCACUUGGCGACGAUUAUGCAGGCGACUCAUCUCUUACAGGCUCCCAAAUACAAUGCCGAGGAAUUGGCCACACUGAGCUCAACUUGUUUCAAAUUAAAUUCUCUGCAGGUCAGAGCGUUACUGCAAAAAUAUCAACCGGCUGCGGACGAGCCUAGGUUACCUGCCGAAUUGAUCGAGAACGUUGUGAGAGUGGCAGAGAGUGUUGCAGAUACACUUGCGCGUGCAGACGGCCGUGAAAUAAGAUUGGAAGAGGAACCUGUCCUAGGAUUAGCCUUAUUACUUCCCGAGGAUGGUUACAGCUGCGAAGUAAUAAGAGGCGUCCCACCAGGACUAGCAGAGUUUCUAGCACCUCUACAACGGGACGGUUUAUGUCGCAUGGCGGCUCAACCCACCAGCAGUGGCUAUUGGACCAUUUAUAUGAUAGACCAUCAUAAUAAUUUGCGUAGUCCUAGCGCGAUGAGCAAUAGAUCCGGCGGCUAUACCAGCCAUGUCAACCAAAAUCAUGGUCAACCAGAAAUACAGGUCAUUAAACUGCACAAGAGUACUAACGGCAUGGGUUUGAGCAUCGUUGCGGCAAAAGGCGCUGGACAGGACCGAUUAGGUAUCUACAUAAAAAGCGUUGUUGCAGGUGGUGCUGCUGAUGCUGACGGUAGAUUGACGGCAGGCGAUCAGUUGCUCAAGGUGGAUGGACAAAGUCUGGUCGGGAUUACGCAAGAAAAGGCUGCCGAGUAUCUUGUGCGUACCGGUCCGAUCGUGACAUUAGAAGUCGCGAAACAAGGCGCUAUAUAUCACGGACUCGCAACGUUGUUAUCUCAACCUUCUCCUGUGAUGACAAGAGCGCAUAAGAACCGGCCGAGGUCCGAGCUCUUAGAGCCGGCGAUAGGAGCAAUGGAGACGGCAGUUGGUGGUCAGCAAGCCACAUCACAUUCGAUGGGCGACUUAUUGUCCUUCCCGCAACAGGCGGCAUGUUGUCAGGAUUUUAUUCAACCAGGUCCACGUCGCAUGAGCGAGCGGGAUCUACCAUCGCGGCUUGGACACGACGCUACUCCUCAGCAAAUCCAUAGCAGCAAGUCUGUGCCGGCAUUGCAUAAUAUGGGAAACGAGGCCAAGCAACAACACGAAGUAUUCAAUCCAGGAUACAGCAGAGCCUCCUCUAGCAAUAGCGUUACGCCACCCGUCCAACCACCUUCUAUGGCAACGAUUAACAGCGCAACUUCUUUACGCUCUAGGUCAAGUCAUAACUUGCACGAUCCUAUGAGAAUCGGAACUUUACCGCCCAGUGGAUUGGUCAGCAGGCAGCAAUCGUCGCCCAAUUUAAUUCCGAAUACGAAUACACCAUCAAAUAUGCAAAAUGCAGAAGCGGAGAGAUUUUACCAGAAUCUGAGUAUUUAUCGAAAUCAAGAUUCGAUGAAGCAACAAAUUAGCCCGCAACAGUUGGAAGACAGAAAUCCUCAACACAUUCAAAAGAGUUCCUUAAGAGGUUCGCAAAACUCGCUGAACCGCCCGUCCGGGACACUGGAAGCGAGUAGCGCUCACAUCCGAGACCGUCCAACGUCCGCAUAUGUCACCCAGCCGCAAGGCCAGCAACAACAGCAGAGUUACUCGAUGUCCGGCAAUCAGCAAAUGCAGCAGCAGAUGGGACCGCCACCGCCGCGUUCUCAGUCUUCGCGCGACAUAAUUCGUCAGGAAGCGAAGAUGCAGGAGAUGCAGGAGGAGGUUCGUCGGCGCGAACUGCGAGGUGGUGGUGCGCCAAUGCUCAAUCAACAUAGACCGCCUGCGGCGAUGUACAAUGUCGGCUCACGAGUGGCCGCGCCUCCUGCUCAACAGUCUACGAAUACUCUGAUGAACGUUCGCUCGCCGAGAACACCACUCGGCUCCACGUCAAGUCUGGGCACGAAUUCUGGCUACGCUGCGAGACAAAACGCGCCCGGUUACAAUUAUCCAGAUACACAGUACAACAGCACCCAAUAUGGCACACAGUACAAUCAACAAUAUUCCAAUCGGUAUCCGGUAUCCGCUGGUGGUCAAUACGGUCCGAUAAUGCCCAAGCCGAAGAAUGAGGCGGCGAUCGUUCGCGGUCAUCAUCCGAUGCCCAAUGAAAAUCUACUUGGCACUCGAGAUUCGAACAAUCAAGAUACGAGAUCGUACGCUGAACAAAACCGACAUUUUGUCGGUUCGCAGAACAGUUCGGUCUAUCCGAACGGCAAUUUGGAGCAGCGCGUCGAUCAAUAUGCAAAUGAUGGUGUCGUCAAUAGAGCGCAGAACGGGGGAGAGGGCCAUUCUAUGACGACGUCGGAAACUCUGCCGACGAGACCGGUUCUGCCACCUGAGAACGCGUUUAACGAAAGUCCGCCACCACCACCGCCAAGCACUUCGACACAUCCUCUGUACAAGCAAGCCGACACGAGGUACACCGCGAGCAUGCAAGAUCCACCACGGGGUAGUUAUUAUCCUGCGGGAGGAAUCAACGCUAUGCAGCAACAGCGUCAAUAUCUGUACAGCGCGAACAACCCUUGGCAACGAGAAGAAAGAGAAAAGGAACAAGCCCGCAGAAGAGAAGCCGCCCGACAAUGGCGAGAUCAGCAAAUCGCCGAAUUAAGUGCGUUGACGCAUCGAACGCAGCAACAGGAAGAGCAACUACGAGCGCUCCAACUGGAAAGAGACUUUCAGAAACGAGCAGAGGAGGCUGCUAAUCAAGAUGACGAUGAAGAAAGUAAUGAUCUGGAUAAUGAGAGCGCGCAACGCGUUCAAGGCUUACUAAGGAUGGCGGCCAAUCAGGAAAGAACUGUCCAAGGGACUCAGCAGCUACCAAUUUUAUCAAGAACGAACACAGGAAAUCAAUCUAUAAGAGGUGGUCUACCUGUUCAGUCUAUUGGUAACCAAUCUGUCGCCAGUAGCCAUUCACAUAUUCUGCCUAAUCAAGUGGUGCCUCAAAAUGUCGCGAUGAGUAGCCUCGGUCAAGAGAACAGCGGUUUGCACAUGCAACCGAGUCAACAACAAACAACGAGUCAGAGCGAGGAACACGUGUCGCCCAAUUAUGGUACAUCCCUUUCCAGCCAUUUCGGUUCCAGUCAGAAGUCGUAUCCCAUAUCACAUUCCACGGAAGAGAGGGAAUUACAACGGAGAAUAGACGAGAUGAAACGGAAACAGGCUGAAUUCGAAGAGAAUCAGAAAAAACAGGAGGAGCAGCAGCAACAAACAUAUCAGCAGAACCAACACUCAAGGAGCCAGCUGCACCCAGGCAUGCUACGCUUGGAUAACUUGAUUAUCAAUGGACCCAGCGUGUCUAUGCCCUCGCAAAAUAGCGUAAAUGAUGCGCCCCCGCCACCUGAACGAGGCUCUAGUUACGCUGUUAUGUCUCAGCAAAGCGCUCUCAGGUCAAACGGUUCAACCGCUUCUAAUCUACCUCCCACUUCUCAACAGCCAGCAUCAAUGAAAAGAGUCUCUUUUCAUGAUUCGAAUGCAAAUAGCGAGUCUAUGCUGCGCAAUAUGUCGUCCGGAUCAUCAAAUCCAUCAUCGAUGUCAAUGGACAUUAUUAGAGAGGAUCCCAACAAUUUUAUCAACGAUGCGGAGAAUCUAUUGGCAUCUCCCAAGACGCCGGAAGGAUCCGGAACUUCAUUUACUGGUGCUACCCCUGGAGUGAUUGGGGCUCAAGAAGUGUAUAAGGAUCCGCGACAAAAACGUCUGGCAGAGAAGCAGAAACAGCAACAACAAAAUUCGCAAAUUGGCGCGGUGCCGGAAAAGCUAAGCUUCAAGGAGAAGAUGAAGAUGUUCGCGAUGGAGACCGGCGAAGACGGCACGCCGCGUGACAAAGUAAAGAUUUCGCGAGCUCAGCGCGAGAUUGACAACAUCAGCAGUCCACUUAAUUCCAGCAGUAACAAUAACAAUAACAACAAUAGCAACAACAACAAUACCACCAGCGGCAAUAACACCAACAACAAUAGGACCUAAUAAAGUAAAAUUGCAUUUUUUAUUUUCGAACUAUAGCAAGCAGAUGUAGAAUGAUUUAAAUAUUUAAAGUAUCUAAGAUACUUGGAGGAAAAGGUGACGAAUGUUAUAAAAUAUAAAACAGAAAAUAACUUUUCUAAAAUUUACAUAAUCCAAUGUAAAAUAUUGACACUAAAGCAGUACCACUGCGAUAUGCUAGGACAUGAAAAUGAUAAUUCCUCCACAAAAUAUAUCUCAAUUAUCACGGAAAUGACUAAUAAUGAAUUAUUUGACUGAAAAAAAUAUUAGCAGAAAACUAAAAAAAAAAUCUAUAUUCACAUUUUAUCUAUCGAUAUGUGCAUUAAAAUUAUCCAAUAUCUGCCUUAUAUUCGUUUCCUCCGAAUAUCCUAGAUUUCAUCGUGCGUUUUCUGCCGGAAAAAAAAGAAAGAAAGACAUACCAAGAAAUAGGUGUAUUAUGCAUAGUUAUAUUUCCACACGCGAUAAGUUAAUUAGUUUUAUUAAUAAUGAUAACUACUUAUGAAUGAAGAGAAUAUAAAUGUUCAGUAUGUGUCUGACUAGCCGGCGAUUCUCCAUAUAGCGUCAAAGUACAAAUGAAAUUUUGUAUAGCUCUUUGACCAAAAAAAUGUCGUGUGUUCUGUUAAGAAGGACCAUUAAUAACAUAACGAUAACAUUACGGGCGUAUUUAUUACAGCCGCGACGAGAAAAAGAGCUCCGAUUCGUUCUCGUACGCGACGCGUCCAAUAUUCCUGAUAUUACUUCCGGACCAAUAAUCUUAUUAUAAAGUAAUUGAUAAUCUCUAUCGAAAUUAGUACGGCGUAAGAUAAAACUCGCGAGUACUGAAUAAACUUACCGAGAGGCAAGGAUCAUUUUGCGAGGAAAAUUCGCGAGUGUACAUAAGAAGGAGACAGACAGUAGGCCGGGCAACAUGAUAUAUAUAUUAUUAUAUGUGUUAAUUUUAUAUUUAUCUUUCUCGGCAGCAGAAGGAGGAAGGGGAGUUUAAGAUAUAUAUUUAAAUUAUAUAAUCACAUUUACGAUUUAUUCACUCUUACGCCAUUAUGCACUUAAAAAAGUAUGACGAAGUAGUGAAGGUAGUUAGGAAAUAGAAAAAGAAAAGAAGAAGAAGAUACAUAUGAGCACGUGCGUGUGUGUGUGUGUGUGUGUGUGUGUGUGUGUGUGUGUGUGUGUGCGUGUGCGUGUGCGUGUGCGUGUGCGUGCGCGUGCGCGUGCGCGUGUGUGUGUGUGUGUGUAAGGAAAGAAUGCGGAUAGUUAAAAAGAUUUAUAUUUAUAUAAUGCGCAUUUCACAAGUACAGGCACUAGCUUAGCUUUCGGAUCAAGACUAUUUUAUAUAGAGCUUGAACGAAAAUUCUAUUCUCCAUAGAAUUUAAAAGCUAUGUAGAAGCUCUACAGAAUCCUGACGUAUAGUCUCUAUUUUUUAGAAUUCGAAUAAAGACUCCAUUUUUAUAGAAUGAAUAAGAUGUUUCUUAGAAAAGA